AUGGCAGGACAGCUGUGUGACCUGCUGUGCCUGCCUGUGGCGGAGGAGACGGGCUGCUACACUCGGGUCUUUUGUGGGAGCUUGCAACUGGUGGAGCUUCAUGUUUUUCAUGUCCCAGCAAAAGUGUAGAACUUCAAGCUGAAUACAAUUCCAGUAGCUCUUACAAGCAAGUUCAUCUCAGCUGGAUUUAUAAGAUCAGUGGUGUCUCCUCACAUCACAUUAAGAGUGCUGCGGGAGAGGCUUGGAGAGUACCUGGGUGGAGUGACAAUUGCAGAUAAAUUCAGAUUUUUUAAAUGCAUUGGGAAAAAACUAGCAGUGGUGAAAGCAGAGCAGGAAACAGAGCUAGAACUGAAGUUAUUUGCUCCUCCUUAUGCACUUUAUCCUGAAUUAUAUUUAUUACCUGGAGUGGAAUAUUUUGAAGAUGUUUAUCCAUUGCCAUCAUCAACUUAACAAAAGCAUCACCUAAUUGAAGAAGCUAAUGGGUUUGGUCAUGGAUCAGGGUUAUCCAGCCUUUCCCAAAAGAAACCUGAAAAAAGCAAACCAUUUUUAGAAAGUAUAUGGAGCAGGCAUCAGGUAGAACAUCUGGAAGUGCCCAGUCCUGUGGAAUGGGGUGAGAAAGAACCUGUUCCAGUUUCACACACAAGCAGUAAGAAAGACAAUAACAACAGGAUUUCAGAAAAACACUUUGGAGAAAAAGAUCAGAGUGGAUCUGAUGGAUCUCUCUUCACACCAAGCCGUUCAAAUCCUGCAGAUCAAGAGUCUGGAAAGUGUGACCUGGUAUUACAGACCUCCAAGCAGAAUCGUCUCAGCCAAGAUCAGAAAGACUGCAGUGCUCCUAAGUGCAAUGGCAAAGCCAAAGGAGCUGCUCUUACUCAUGUAAACCACAGUGAUGAACAAGGACAGGGUAAGCAAAGACCCCAAAAUCACACUAAACAUCAAAAGGGUACAAAUGUUUGUUACUGUCAUUUUGCUAAAGAGUUGCAAGUUUUACUAGCCAACAUGGAAAAUAAAGAUCAUCAAAAAGAUACCAAAUUAAGAAGAGUAAGAACACAGGAUGCUGAAAUUCUAAAAAUAAUGGAAGAACAAACUACAGAUUAUGUCCACAAAAUACAAAGCUUGCAGCAAAACAGAACUAAGAAGAUUACAGUUGGUCGUGGUGAAAAACUGGAUAAUCAGGCCGAUGAAAACAAGCAAACUCUUCUUACUUCUCCAAAAGAGUAUAUUUCACCUCCUAGUCCACCUUUUUUGGCACUUACUGUAAAUCCAGCUCAAUUCCUGUAAUUCGGGCAGCAAAAAACGAUGGUAGAAUAAUUGCAACAAAUGAAGAAAGACAGAAGGCACAUGGAAAAAACUAGAGAAGAACUGAUCAAAAAAGCUAAAGGGCUACUGGAACAAAAUAAGCUGAGGUGAUACCAUGAAGAAUGGAAGAAGAAGUACUUUGAAACUAAGAAAGCUACAGUUUCUCUGGAGGACACCUUAAACAUACUGGGACAAGAUUUAGAGCUUUACCACCAGAAGUUGCUCUUGCAAUUGGAAGCCAGAGAUAGCCAAAAACGACCAAACAAUACAACAACCUCCAAGAAUUACACAAUCAUCCGGAUUGCUACAGCGCAGCAUGAACUCGCUCAACUGAGGAGGAAGCUAGAUGAUACAAAAAUGAGACUCCUAAUAGAAAUUAAGAUGAGAAAGCAGGCAGCAUUGGAUUUACAAGCACUGAGAGCAGAACUGGCACACAAGAAGAUUCAUUCAGCUUUAAUGCUCCAGUCCAGAAAAUCAGGAAUUUAAGAAGAUGACAUGACCAACAUCUGUGAAAUCUACAGCAGCUCUCUAGAGUAUGUAGAAGAGAAUUUCAAAGCAUUUGUUUGUAUGUUCUUGAAGUUAUUUUGUAAAAAGGCGUUAACUAUAUAAAUGUUGUGGAAUUUGUAUACAAGACUACAGAGGGAAUGCAGCUCACUUCUUUUUAAAUCUCACUUACUGUAAGAUUAGCCAGCUACUUAAACAUACAGUUUAAGCUAGUAAUGUCUAAAACUAAGCUGUUAUUUUUAAAGUGCAAAUUAGUUAAUUGUGUAAUAUCCCAGUGGUAUGCUGAUGUUCUUUGAUUAACUAAAUAACUACUAAGAAAUAAACUUAAAAUCUGU